CGGCGGCGGAGCGGCGGCGGGAGCGGCGCGGGGGCGGCGUUCCUUGUGGGGAGCCUGGAAGAACCUUCAGUAGAGCUGCUAACACUGAUGAGAGAUCUUUUAUGCCAAGGUCGCUGCUCUCUGCACAGCCCACACCAUGCGUGAGUACAAGCUGGUGGUCCUUGGUUCAGGAGGUGUGGGCAAGUCUGCUCUGACUGUACAGUUCGUUCAGGGAAUUUUUGUUGAGAAAUAUGACCCAACAAUAGAAGAUUCAUACAGAAAGCAAGUGGAGGUAGACUGUCAGCAGUGUAUGCUGGAGAUCCUCGACACAGCAGGGACAGAGCAAUUCACAGCCAUGAGGGACCUGUACAUGAAGAACGGGCAGGGGUUUGCACUAGUAUAUUCUAUCACAGCACAGUCCACGUUCAACGACCUGCAGGACCUGCGGGAGCAGAUCCUGCGGGUGAAGGACACCGAGGAUGUUCCCAUGAUCCUGGUUGGCAAUAAAUGUGACCUGGAGGAAGAACGAGUCGUGGGCAAAGAGCAGGGACAGAACUUAGCACGACAGUGGUGUAACUGUGCCUUUCUAGAAUCGUCUGCAAAGUCGAAAAUCAACGUAAAUGAGAUCUUUUAUGACCUGGUCAGACAGAUAAAUAGAAAAACACCAGUGGAAAAGAAGAAGCCUAAAAAGAAAUCAUGUCUGCUGCUUUAGACUCCCAUCAUGCAGCAGCUCUGAGCCAGAUUGCAGGAAUGAAGAACUGUUGCCUAAAUGGAAAGUGCCAGCAUUCCCAACUUCAGAACCUUAUGGAAACGAGUAACAUAUCGGAAGAAGCUUCUCCUGUUUUUUAUAUCCUGCAGGAAGAAUUUAGAUCUUAAAAAUGGUUUGCACACAGCCCCUGGAAAAAGCAGUUGCUCUGUGUAUAUCUCUUGGAAAUGAAAGCCAAUAUUCCUCCUCCUUUGCAAUAGCAAUUAACAGAUGUGAAAAUAAAUAUAAUUGACUCUAGCAUAUGAUUAUCCCAAGGAGCAUGGAUGCAUUUCAAAUGUUAGAGAUUGCUACUAUAAUUAAAAUUCAUAUUGACCAUUUUAUCAUAAUUUCUCCCCAUCAAGCACUAAAAAUGUUCCACUGUUAUAUUUUAUAUCUAUAACUAUAGAUAUAUAUUAUCCAAAAUUUCCCUUUGAACUCACUGCAACAAAUAACUUUUUGAGUCAUUGACUUCAUUUUAUAUUUAAAAGUUACGGAAUAUCAUUAUUUUCAUUCUGCCAUUGUAUUCUAAUUAAAAAUGUUUGUGCAUAAUGCUUUGGAAAAAUGGGUCUUUUAUAGGAAAAAAAACUGGGAUAACUGAUUUCUAUGGCUUUAAAAGCAAAAAUAUAUAAUAUACUAAACCAACUCUAAUAUUGCUUCUUGUGUUUUACUGUCACAGAUUAAAUUACAGCUUUUAUGAAUGAUUAAAUUUUAGUACAUUUUCA